AUGGCGAAAACUUCUAAAAUAGAAGAUUAUUGGCGACAAAAUAAUAUUGAAAAUCUGUUAAAAGAUUUAACACAUGUUCUUGCACAAAAAAUGCCAUCCGAUCCAGCUGUUGCUCUUGUUCAACAUCUUCAAAAAAAAUUUCCUAAAUCAUUCACAACAACCACAGAUAAUAAUAUAAUAGAUCCUGUUUCAAAAAUUACGACUAAUACUUUACGAUCACAAUCAAUUAUGUCACCACGUUCUGAUAUCAAUAUAACAAAUACGAGUAAUAUACAAAUGGAUCGCCGUGAAUCUAAUCAAAGUCAAGUUAGUGGUAUUGUUACUAUACCAACAAUUGGAUCUGCUUUUAAUAAUCUAACAGAUAGUUCCAGACAAGAACCUGAAAUAAAUCUAAGAAGUCUUGUUUUGACUAGUCGUCUAGGUCAACACGUUAUUAAAUAUGGAAAAGAUAUUCGAUCAGAAAAUGAUAUACUCGAAGAUGAACUUUUAAAACCACAAAAACUAAACACAAAUGUACCAUCAAUAACAACAACAAAUCCAUAUAGUCACUUAGCUACUGAAAAUCUUCAAAAUAUCCAAACACAUGAUGAACCUUCUGUAGAACAAUUAGUUCGAUAUAAACAAAAAAUUCGUUUUGAAAAUGAUCGUGGUGUUCAACAUCGAGAAAAACUUGCUGAAUUAGCACAAAAAGCAUAUGAUAGAGAACGAAUUUUACAACCAGAAGAACUUCCUAGUCCAAGCGAAAUUCAACAACAAGAACAAAAAUCAAGUGAUGAUCAUACUGCAUCAAAACCAAGUGAUACCAAAUCAAUUCAUAAACCCGUUGUUAAAUCAAAAGAAGAGGAAGAUAUUUUAAAUGAUGAAAAUGUAUUUCAUCCUAGAAAACAAAGACAACGAGAAAGAGAUAACGAUAAAUUAAAAAUAAUAAGAUCAAAUGCACUCAAUACACAGAGACAAUCUAUAAUAGAUUUGAAUUUAUCAAGAAGAAUCGAUGAAAAUAUGCUUACAACAAUGCGAUUUGGUGUAUGUAAAGUAUGUGGAAAUAUUCUAAGUAAUGAAGAAUUAGGUAAUUAUACUCAACAAGUUGCUGCUGAACCAGUGGGACGUUCAGUAAACCCAAAUGAAACUAUGGUUGAUGAUUGGUUUCAAUCGUCAGCAGAUUCAAACGAGUCAAAACCAUUGAUAUCACCAAUUACAUAUGAUCAAACAUCAUCAUCAUUAUCAUCUAAUAUAAAUCCAUUUCAAGAAAAAUAUUUUCAGUCUAUUCAGAAUAAUAAUGUACAACAUCUUCCGCCUUCAGUACCAACUAUUUCUAUUAAUAAUGGUAGGAGAAUACAACGAUCAUCAACACCACGUUCAGCCGAUUCUGAUGUUUUCAUAAGAACACCUUCGCCACAGCUUCACCUUUCAUCAUUACAACCACAUAACGUACCAUCAAAAACACAUCAAACUGAUUCCCUGGCCGUUACUAAUCAUCAAUUAUUCAAACCUAUACCAAAUUUACCAGCUACACCAUCAAUUUCAGCAUCACCUUUAAUUACUGACUGA